AUGACAACCACCGUUCCUCUCAUCUACUCGUUUCCCGAGUUUCUCGGAGUUGCUGAUGCCGUGGCCGACCACGUUAUUUCGGCCCAGAACAUGGCAUUGUACAAGACGUUGGAUAGAGCUGAGAUCAAGGAAAUCAAGAAUAAUAAUUCGUUGAUGAGACCAGAGUUGAUGGCAUCCAGCAGUUCGAUGUCGGUCAAUAGUUCUGGAAAGAAGAAGGAAAAGAAGAAGAAGGGUGAGACCCGGUUUAAGAUUGCCAUUAGUGGUGGUUCGUUGAUCAAAAUCUUAAAUCAGGGACUCUUGGGCCGCCAAUCAGAGAUUGAGUGGGGCAAGUGGGACAUCUAUUUUGCCGAUGAAAGACUUGUGCCAUUUGAUUCUGAGGACUCCAAUUAUGGUCAAGCCAAGAGAGAGAUCUUUGACCACAUUGAGGGUCUUGAAAAACCCAAUAUUCACCAUAUCGACGAAACUUUGAUUGACGAUCCCCAAGAGUGCGCAGAUGCAUACGAGAAGACAUUGAUAUUUAAUUUUGCCAAGAAGGAUUCUGUCAAGUUGCCGAUGUUCGACUUGUUGUUGCUAGGAUGUGCCCCCGACGGCCAUAUAGCAUCGUUAUUCCCCAACCAUGGUGAACAAUUGAGAGAGAAGUUGGCUUGGUGUAUGCCAGUGAGUAACGCACCUUCUGGUCCCGACAAGAGAAUCACAUUAUCAAUCCCCGUAAUUUGUCACGCACAUAGAGUCACGUUUGUCGUGGAAGGUUUAACUAAGGCACCCGUCAUGAGAACGAUAAUGGAACGUCCUGAAAAGGGUUUACCCAGUUCCAUCGUCAACGAAGGUGCUGCCGGUAGAGUAACGUGGUUUGUCGACGAUGACGCGUUGAAUGAUUGUUACGAUAUCACCAAGAAGAAGUACAAGUUUUUAUCGAUCGACCCGCCUAAUUGA